AUGGAGGACUUUCCGCCAGGCUUUCGCUUCUACCCGACGGAAGAGGAGCUAAUUACCUUCUAUCUGCACAAUAAACUGGAGGAGAAGAGGCAGGAGCUGAAUCGGGUUAUCCCGGUUGUCGACAUUUAUGAAGUAGAGCCAUGGCAGCUUCCAAAGCUUUCGGGAGAGUUGUGCCAUGGAGACACUGAGCAGUGGUUUUUCUUUGUUCCUAGACAAGAAAGAGAAGCAAGAGGAGGGAGACCUAAUCGAACCACAGAGUCCGGGUACUGGAAGGCCACAGGCUCUCCAAGUUACGUUUACUCAUCGGAUAAUCGAGUGGUAGGGUUGAAGAAAACCAUGGUGUAUUACAAAGGGAAAGCCCCUGCUGGGAGAAAAACCAAGUGGAAGAUGAACGAGUACAGAGCCAUUGAAGAAGAAAUGACCACUCCAUCUAGCUGUUCUGUUCCAAAGCUGAGGCAUGAAAUGAGUCUAUGUCGAGUAUACGUCAUAUCAGGAAGCUGUCGAGCAUUCGAUCGACGCCCAGUGGGAACACAGGCAAAGGAGGGAAUGAUUCCACAAGCUAAUAGAGAUCAUGAGAUUGAGGUUGUUGCAGCAUCUUCUCCCAAUAUUGCAAUGAUGGAGAGAGCAAGCUCUCCUGGAACUUCAUUUUCAGGGGAAAUCCAGGUGGAGGAUGAAGGAAGCUCCAAUUGGGAGAUGGCUUUUGGUCUUGAAUCUCCAGGGGAUUGGAAUAAACUUGGUUGGAUUUGA